UGCUAGUUAUUUGGUAACAAGAAAUAGAAAGAAAGAAAGAAAGAAAGAAAGAAGGAAUGGAAGAAGGGAAUGAGUGUUUGUGCGCGCUGUGUGGAAAGAGGGCUCAGAUGCUGUGCGAGUCAGACCAGGCUAAGCUAUGCUGGGACUGCGAUCGCACCGUUCACGGCGCCAACUUCCUUGUCGCCAAGCACGUCAGAGUGCUCCUCUGCCGCCACUGCCACCGCCCUACUCCCUGGAAGGCUUCUGGUCCCUCCCUCACCGUAACCUCCUCUCUCUGCCAUCCUUGCUCUUCUUCUUCUUCUCUUCCCGUCACCACCGCCAUUCAUGAUCAUGAAUCUGAAGACGAUGAAUCUGAGGAUGAUGAAGAGGAGGAAGAGGAAGAGGAAGAUGAAUAUGAAGCAGAGGAGGAGGAGGGGGAGAAUCAGGUGGUGCCUUUGUCUUCCGCUUCCGGCGGCGGUGGUAAUACUAAUGGCUACGAUGACGGAGACAUGUCUAGCAACACUGCUUCUUCUUUUCGAUUCAACAACUUGAAGCGCUUUCAACAUAAUAAUCAUCACAACAUCCACCAUUCUUCUAUUUCUGAUGAAGAUGACGAUGAUAUAGGUUGUUGCUCGUCUGAAAGAUUAGGAGGAGAUAACGAUGAUGAAGAUUAUAUGAGGCCAUUCAAGCACCGUAGAAUCUUCAAUCACAGGGAUGACGAUAUACAUUGCCAUAAUCAUAAACGGUGAUGAAGAUAUUUGAACAUUAAUUAAGAUAUCAUCCUCAUGAGAACAAUUAUGAAAGAUGUAAUGAUUAUGAUGCUGUUCACCAACCACCAUGAAUCCAUGAUCAAAACUCACCCGCUAACCACCCCAAUUGAUGAUCACCACCUAAACUUCACACUUCAACUUCAAUUUCAGUUUCAAGGGUGGAUUUUGUUCAUGUUAGGGGAAAGUGAAGCCUUAAUUUCCCAUUUUAAUUUUUAUCAUGUAUUUUGAUAUUUUUUUGUUUUAUUUAAAGUGAAAUCCAUUGGUAAAAAUAACUGUAGUUGAUGAGUUGAUGUGAAUACUAGCAUGGUCCAUGGAAGGUAGUAGGUAUUUCAAACCACAUGCACUCCCUCUUGGCCAGUUAUUUCAUUAUGCAAGGUUAAUUACUUUCGUUGAAACGUCUCAUUCAAUUCAAUUCAAUUCAAUUAAAGUGUUGUGUAUUGAAA